GACGAUGUUGAACUGGUUUUCAGCUUGCGCAUCAUUAUCCAAGCCACCAAUAUGGCCCCACGUCCGGGUCUUUGCGCAAGCUCCACAGGCCAUGCAGGGAGCUACGAAUGCGUUGAUGAGAAGGACCUGGAGCUGGAGCAUGUGCUGGUGAUGUUCCGCCAUGGAGAUCGAUCCCCGAUCAGCCGCAACAUCAGCGCCAAAGUGAAGAUGACGCAGCCGGAAACGGAUUUCUGGGUCUCACGUUUGGCUGAGCUGAGCGUCGUUGGGGCACUCAAUAGCGGGACGAGAGUGGUGAGUUAUCACGAAGGCGAAUGUAGCGAAGAGAGCUGCUUCGGCAAGCAAUUUGAGGUGCCACCGCCGCCUCAGCAAGGAGGACGUUGGCCUUGUGGACAGUUGACAGCCAAAGGGAUCGACAUGAUGCGAGUCAAGGGCCAGCAACUAAGAGAGAGGUAUAAAACAUUGAUGGAGGGCAUGGUGGAUCCGGUUCGACAGAUCCACGUGCAGUCCACCAAUAUCCGGAGGACCAUCCGCUCGGCGCAGAGUCUUCUGGCGGGACUCUUUCCAGAGUACUUUAUGAACGUCAACGCAGAUAACAAUCUGGCAGCUAGUGAGAAUUUACUGCCGGAUAGUAGAAAGUUUUUGCAGAAUAUGCAGACGAACAGGAAGAUGAAGAAGGACGGGGGUUUUGUGAUCCACGCCGACGACUCGAAUAGUCUGGCGCCGCAGCACUCGUACGAGUUGUACCAAGAUCUGGGGAAGGUCCUGGCGGACGAGCUAAGACAACACGCUCCGCCAGGGUUUACCAAGGCGUCGCAGAGAAUCAGCACGAUUAUUGGAGCAAAGUCGAGCAAGCUGGUCGCCUGGACAGGACUGCGCGAGGUGUUGGUCUGCCACCAAGCACACGGUUUGGCAUUCCCGGACGGCCUGAACGAGCAGCUCUUUACUCAGAUCUGCGAAUACGACGCCUGGUUGUGGCACCACCUAUAUGGCAGGGUGGAUUUCUGUCGCGUCAGCUUCAAGGCCGGCGUGCAGCGCAUCUACUCGUACCUGGCCAGCGUCACCCAGGUCUGUUGUCUUCCGGUUUGAAUGCGUUCUUUUAGUGCUUUGUUCACGGUGUCUUUGUUGCUGCAGGGUGCUACCGAGCACAAAAUGUCGCUCUUCUCGGCCCAUGACAACUCGCUCGUGGCGCUAGUGAACGCGCUGCAGCUGCAGGUUCCGCGCGUGAUUCCUCAUUACGGCGCCAUGCUGAUCUUCGAAGUGUUUCGGCACCUCGUCACGGGCGAGUUCUACCUCAAGGUUCUGUUCGAAGGCGGUGCAGUGACCUUCGCGAGUCACGAGCACUCGGCGCUGUGUUCAUUUGCCGUGUUCCAGCAGGCUGCACAGAGCUUCUUGCAAGUGCAACAACCUGACGCCGCGUUGUGAGCGUGCGUAAUUAUCUGUCCGUCAAUGGUGUCCUCCAGUGUCCUCCUCGAUGACACGACGUGACGUUUCUCGCAUCUGAUUGGUUGAAAUAAUAAAGGAAAUCUAUCAUUCUUUUAGGAAGGAUUGUUGUGGGGUCCACACGGA